AUUAUUGCAGGUGAGAAAAAGAAUGACGAAUAAGUUGGACAAGAUCAGCCAGUUACCAAGGGACAUAACGGACCAAAUUCUGUCGCGCUUGCCGAUCAAGGAGGCAGUGAGGACUAGUAUUUUGUCGAGAAAGUGGAGGUACAAAUGGUCCUCUGUUCCACAACUUGUGUUUGAUGACCGAUGUACCAAUUGUAGAGGAGUUCCUUCUCUUCUCCCAUCUCUGCAUGAAAACUUGGUGAAGAUAAUUGACAAGGUUCUCUUGCUUCAUACUGGCCCAAUACAAAAGUUCAAGCUCUCUCACAAAGAAUUUUGCGCCCCGAGUGACAUAGACCAUUGGAUUGUUCAUCUAUCCAGAGUGUCCAUCAAAGAAAUCAUACUCGACAUCUGGAAAGGGCAGUAUUACAAAAUUCCCACCUCCUUAUUCAAUUGCCAAGAGUUGAUUCAUAUGGAACUGUAUAGAUGUUUGGUGAAAAUCCCGUCGACGUUUGAAGGAUUAAUGAAGUUGGAAAGUUUGGAUCUUCAGUACGUUGAGCUGUCUCAGGACGGGCUUGAGGCUCUGAUUUCUCUUUGCCCCCUACUAAAAUGUUUGAAGUUGAGGAACUUAGAGGGGAUUACGCGAGUGAACAUCAAAGCUCGCAACCUCAAGUUGCUUGAUCUUAGAGGAGCAUUUCAGGAUGUUGCCUUCGGUUUUAUGAAACGUUUAAAGUCAGUCACGAUAGGUUUCUCUGAUGAUAUUGCUAACAAACGUGGACCCAACCAUGCCAACUCGAGCAAUCUACACAAACUCUUUCGACAUUUGCCCAAAAUUCAGAGUCUCAAGUUUGAAAAUUACUCACUCAAGUAUUUGGCUGCUGGAAAUGUUCCACAGACACUGCCUAAUGAACCCGUUCAUUUGAAUUACCUCUUCACAUGCAUAGACUUCAAUAGUGUAGAGGAGAUUUUGACUGUUCUCUGCCUGAUUAGAAGCUCUCCUCAGUUGAAACAAAUAGAUUUUCAAAAUCGUGCCAAGGAUCAACAGACUACAAGGAUUGGGACAAUGGCCGGCUUUUGGGAAGACCACCACGCGUGUUGCCUAGAACAAGUACAAGUUGUAUCAAUGGUUGGGAUUUCUGGCAGUGAGCGAGAGCUGGAAUUGAUGAAGUUUAUGCUUACUAGCACGUCGAACCUACAAAAGAUGAUGAUUCGGCCUAAUUCCACGAGUGGAGAAGGCAAGUUGCUCAGGGAAUUGCUGCGGUCUCGGCGAGCCUCAGCGCAAGCAGAGGUGAUCUUUCUCUGAUCCUGUUGAUCCGGAAGCCAGCCCUCGUUAAAAUGAAUCACACGUAGGAGUAACAGU